CAAGGUUUCUCCUCCUCCUGACCUGACCUGGGGAGCCUUCCUAGAAAUCUCCUCCAGCCCGUGAAGUGCCUUGGUCGGACCGGCCUCCCCGCCGCGGCCCCGGAGAAGACAGGCCCCGCCGCCGCAGAGAAGCCAGACCCGCUAGGCCUUGUGUCAGGAACACGGCCAGCUCUCCGCCCACCCGGCGGGCCCAGGAUUGUGGUGAGGCCCCUCACCUGCACAGGUUUCUACUCUGGCAAUGUCGUCCAUUAAAAUUGAAUGCGUUUUGCCAAUGAACUGCUGCUGUGGUGAGUCUCCAGUGUGGGAAGAAACAUCCAGCUCUCUGCUCUUCGUAGACAUUCCUGCACAAAAGGUUUGCCGGUGGGAUUCGCUUACCAAACAAGUGCAGCAAGUGACCGUGGAUGCCCCUGUCAGCUCGGUGGCCCUUCGCCAGUCAGGGGGUUACGUGGCCACUGUUGGAACAAAGUUCUGUGCUUUGAACUGGGAAGAUCAGUCAACAGUUGUCCUGGCCACGACCGAUAAAGACAAGAAAAACAAUCGAUUCAAUGACGGGAAGGUGGAUCCCGCUGGGAGAUACUUUGCUGGCACCAUGGCAGAAGAAACAGCCCCAGCAGUUGUUGAGCGGCGCCAAGGGUCCCUGUACUCCCUCUUUCCUGAUCACCAUGUGCAACAGCUCUUCGACCAGGUGGACAUCUCUAAUGGUUUGGACUGGUCCCUAGAUCACAGAAUCUUCUAUUACAUCGACAGCCUGUCCUACUCUGUGGAUGCCUUUGACUAUGACCUGCAGACAGGACAGAUAUCCAACCGCCGAAGCGUUUACAAGAUGGAGCAAGAAGAACAAAUCCCAGACGGAAUGUGUAUCGAUGCUGAGGGAAAGCUGUGGGUGGCCUGCUACAAUGGAGGAAGAGUGAUUCGUUUAGAUCCUGAGACAGGGAAAAGGCUCCAAACUGUGAAGUUGCCUGUUGACAAAACAACGUCAUGCUGCUUCGGAGGGAAGGGUUACUCUGAAAUGUACGUGACCUCUGCUCGGGACGGAUUGGAUCCUGAAAGUCUCUCGAGGCAGCCUGAAGCUGGGGGGAUUUUCAAGAUAACUGGCUUGGGAGUCAAAGGAAUUUGCUCCAAUCCUUAUGCAGGAUAAAUGAUAGGAUUUCUUUCCUACUGUAUGAAAUUUUGAAGAUGAGUACAAUUAUAGGGCUAAGAUCUCAAUCUAGAGAAAAAGGAAGAAAUUAUAUUACUAGCAAACGUAAGAUUUUAUUUACAUGUAGAGCAUUUAAAAAGUAGAGCAUUUCUAACAAGGGGUGAAUUGCUUUUGCUAACACAUUACAAAGCCGCCUGUAAAGAGUACUUAGAGAAAUGCAAAGACUUGUUCAACUGUCAACCAGCCUCUUGACUUCUACAGAUUGUUUGGGAGGGGGGUGUGACCCUUAUAUGUUCUACAUAACAUUAAAAAUAAAACAAUAAAUCGUGAUCUGUUAAUUACGUA